UGCAGGGUCCUAGCUCCGCCAGUCACACGCCCAGCCCGUGCUGUCCAGGUAGUGAUCAGACCGCUCCGCGGAGAACCUUCCAGCAUCCCACAGCACCUUGGGAGCCCAAGCUGCCUCUUCCCUUUGGUUGUGGCUGCAGGUGUGGGGAUCAUGAGCUGCCUUCUGAGGAGCCUCGUGCCUGUGGGGCUGGCGCUGCUACUGUGUGGGGCACAGGGCUUCCUGCUGCCCAACACCACUCGCCUGGAGCAGCUGCUCAGCAAGUACCGGCAGGACGGGCCACGCAUGCGUGCACGCAGGGCCAUCCCUCGGUCGGAUCAAGAGGAGAUCCUCACGUUGCACAACAAGCUGCGAGGACAGGUGUACCCUACUGCCUCGAACAUGGAGUACAUGACUUGGGAUGAAGAGCUGGCAAGGUCUGCGGCAGCAUGGGCACAGGAGUGCCUGUGGGAGCAUGGGCCCGCUGGCCUGCUGGUGUCCAUCGGGCAGAACCUGGGGGUGCAUUGGGGCAGGUAUCGCUCCCCUGGGUUCCACGUGCAGUCCUGGUAUGAUGAGGUGAAGGAUUAUACCUACCCCUACCCUCACGAGUGCAACCCCUGGUGUCCUGAACGCUGCUCGGGUCCCAUGUGCACCCACUACACGCAGAUUGUCUGGGCCACCACCAACAAGAUUGGCUGUGCUGUGCACACCUGCCGGAGGAUAAAUGUCUGGGGGGAAGUUUGGGAAAACGCCAUCUACUUCGUCUGCAAUUAUUCUCCAAAGGGGAACUGGAUUGGAGAGGCCCCCUACAAGCAUGGCCGGCCCUGCUCCGAGUGCCCGCCCAGCUACGGAGGCGGCUGCAAGAACAACCUGUGUUACCGAGAAGAGCGCUACAACCAGAAACCUGAGACAGACGAGAUGAACGAGGUGGAAACAGCCCCGGCUCCCGAGGAAAAGCAAGUCUGGGUCCAACCGAGGGUGGUCAAACCCACAAAACCCAAGAAGACCCCUGCCAUCAGCUACAUGACCCAAGUGGUCCACUGUGACACCAAGAUGAAGGACAAGUGUAAAGGUUCCACGUGCAACAGGUACCAGUGCCCGGCAGGCUGUGUGAACAGCCAGGCGACCGUUUUCGGAUCCCUGUUUUAUGAAAGCUCGUCCAGCAUAUGUCGGGCUGCUGUCCACUAUGGUGUCAUCGAUGACCGAGGAGGCCUGGUGGACAUCACCAGGAAUGGAAAGGUGCCCUUCUUUGUCAAGUCGCAGAAGAACGGCGUGGAGUCUGUGAGCAAGUACAAGCCUUCCAGCUCAUUCAUCGUGUCAAAAGUGAAAGAACAAGACUUGGACUGCCACACCACGGUGGCUCAGCUCUGUCCUUUUGAAAAGCCAGUCACCCACUGCCCAAGAGUCCACUGUCCUGCGUACUGUAGAGACGAGCCAUCCUACUGGGCCCCAGUGUUUGGAACCAACAUCUACGCAGACACUUCCAGCAUCUGUAAGGCAGCCGUGCAUGCGGGCGUCAUCAGCAACGAGAUUGGUGGUUAUGUGGACGUGAUGCCUGUGGACAAAAAGAAGACCUACGUGGGCUCACUCAGGAACGGGGUGCAGUCGGAGAGCCUGAACACACCUCGGGAUGGAAGUGCCUUCCGGAUCUUUGCUGUCAGACAGUGAGAGCCCAGCACCCAGAAGAAGGGUGUGUGUGUCACCCACGGGGCAUCAGGGUCUUGCUUUUUAUUGUCAUUUUGUCCUUUGGGGGUGGGAUGGGAAUAUGAAGAAGGGUCAGAAAACGUCCUUUCAAAUGGCACACACAUUACAUCCCUUGGUGGCCUUUGGCAUGGGUAUAACAUUUCAUCCCUUCACCAUAGAGGAACACCAUCCUUGGAGUCAGGCCUGUCAGGACUUGGUGUCUCCAGCUGGCAGCCCUUGUCCUUUAGAGAGCUGGCCCACCUCUCGAAGAGGUCACUUGCCACAAUGUUCCUUGUCAUGUGUUCUUUGGCUGGUGGAGGGAGAGGAGUCCGAGUCCAUGAGGACGUAGGUUUGAAAGCAUCUGGACAUAGAGCACAUUACCUCCAAGAAAAAGACAGUCAUAAUUUAAAAGCAACAAGUCAGUCCAUCCCUACCCCUGGAAGUUGGGGUUCAUGUUUGCUGGUCAGACAAAUGGGCUAUAAGGAGAGGUUCCGAGGGUGGGGGCUCCCUUGCAGGUCAGCCCUUGGCCCCCCUUGGCAGCCACGUGUUAUGUGUCCAGCAGAGCUGGCCUGUUAGAGCUUAGCAGCAUCUCCAGAGACUGCUCAUGUCUGUCACCGCCUUCCUUGUCUGUGUGGCCCUUGUGUUUCCAUGUGACCUUUGGUCUCAUCGAGGACCAAUGCAUCAGGACCCUUUGCCACUCACCCAGCGUGGCUCCUGCUCGUCCCAGUAGCUAGCAUAGGCGUCCUCCUGGCCGAGGGGCUUUUGCUGUGCAGACGGCUCUGUGCGCCUCCUGUGUUCUUUUCCCUCUGGAGUCUCUGAUGCGGCCCCUGAGAGGGCGGGAGGGUGGCCCUGCAGCAGCUGCUGGAGUAUCAGAUCACUGCUCUCCUUCCUCCUGCCUGGGCUGACCUAGAUUUUAACAGCAGGAGGAAUGAGUUCCCAGCACAUUCCUCACUGAGGUUAGAAGCUUGGUUUGUGGUUAGGAAGCCGCCUGCGGCAGUGAGGGAGAGGGACAGAGACACACUGCUGUGUGGCUCUGCUUCUGCCAGCGUCACCAGCUCCAAGAGUCAGUGAGCUCUGGCUUCCAUCACUUAGAAAGGCUCCUCUGGAGCCCGCCCCAAACCCACCGUGAAAUAAAUAGCAUUUCUCUGCAGAAGGUAAAAUUCCACCUCUAGCCCUGGGCUGGCCAGUGCGUUGCCUUGUGAACACUGGCUUCAAAUAGCCAAAUAUUUCGUAGGCAAAAGGAGAGAAAGAGACAGAGAGAGAGAGAGAGAGAGUGAAAUAACAGCACAAACCUAUGUGAGUGUGAACAAGGACCACGAGACCUGCAGAGGCACCUUUGUCAGAUCGUAUCUGUUUUUUAUUGUUGUUUGGAGGUGGAAUCUCACGGUGUAGCUGUGGCUGGUCUCACGUUCAAGGCAGUCACCCUGCCUCAGCCCCCUGAGCGCUGGAUCACAGGUGUGCCCCACCAGGACCAGCUCUGACGGCUAAUCGCUUUCCAAAAUCCCUUCUGUGGGGAUGGGGAGAUGGCUCAGUGGUCAAAGGCACUUGCAAGUCUUCUAGCCUGAGUUUUAUUCCCCGGAACCUACAUAAAGCCAGGCUGAAAGUGACACAUGUGUCUGUGAUUCCCAGCAUGCCUACAGCCAUAGAAGGUGGAGCCGGGAGAAUCCAGGAACUUGAAGGCCAGCUAAAUCGGAGCACACGUAGCAGCAACAGUAAGGGAAGACUUUGACUCCAGCAAGGUAGAAAGAGGACAAACACCCCAAGGUUGUCCUUAGAUGUGCACCCCUAUCCACCAUGUACAUUCACACAUGCACACACACACACACACACACACACACACACACACAUACGCAUCAUAUCCAUUCACACAUACAGACAUGCAUGCACACACACAUACAUUAAAAAAAGCAAAUGCCACCAGCCCUUCCAGAAAGUUUGUGAAAAGCCGUGGAGCCCUGAACUUGGCCAGGCUGUUUCUGCCUUGUGCACCAUGGGCUAACCGUCACUCAUAGAUGGACUCUUCCACCCAGGAGUCAGAAAAGAGGGUCUGGCCAGUCCACUUGUUAGGGGUCUGUUUAUCACCCAACAGCUGGGAAGCUUCUGGAUGUAAGGUGUGCUGUGCAGCUCUGGCUCAGUGCCCAGCCUGCUGUGGCCAUGGUGAGGUCAAGACUGAAGAAAAAUCAGACCCCCUCUUGGAUUUCUAGAAUGAGUGACCAGUGCUGCCGUCGUGGAGUAGAGCGGGUGGUCUUUGGGAGCUUUCACUCGAGGGCGAGUGGGAACUCCCAGUGGGAGUCAGUGCCACUGUUGGGACAGACAGUGCCCAGGGCCUCAAUGCUCCCAAGCUGGCCCUUUCCCAUCCUCACCAACAGUUUGAAACUGGAAUCGUGUUCCUGCAGAAAAAUGCAAAAGUACAAAUGUCCUUGGAGUCAGGGAUCACCUUGAAACUUCUGUGCUCACUGACUCCCCAGAGUCACCAGCACCUAUCCUAGGCUUAAAAAAGGUGGCACCCAUGGAGGGGGGCGCGAGGGCAUCACAGCCACCUGCCUCCAGCUGUGUCCAGAAGGGUGCGCUGACUCAACCAAUGAUCUGUAGGCUUGCUCAGCCCGCAGUUUACUGUGUGCUUUUUUUUCUAUGAAAAAUGAUGUGUUUUACUACUUCCUGUGUACAAAAGUUUAUUGUAAAUGUUUUAUGUGCUUUGCGUGAAUAGGGGCCACGCUGGUUGUCGCUAUUGUUUCAAUAAAUCUGGUUCGAUUUCUAA